AUGGAAACAAACGCCAACGAAAAUACACCUCAUGUUGUGCCUCCUGGUGGGGACACUGUUGACCCCAUAUCUGAUGAUGCAGAUUCCGCGUACAGCGAUGUAGCAUCUGAGACGGAAUCUGUUACAUCCAGUAUCCUGGCCGGCCGCUACGAGAACGGGAGGAGGUACCAUGCAUAUCAAGAUGGGCUAUACAUGUUUCCAGACGACGAGCAAGAACAGGAUCGGCUAGACAUCAAAUAUGCUUCACUGCAACUCGUUUUCAACGACACAGUAGCAUUCGCUCCAUUGAAGGACCCACAUCAGAUCCUCGACAUUGGAACUGGGACUGGUCUCUGGGCAAUCGAUGCUGCAGAGCAGUUUCCUAGUGCUACAGUGACUGCGACUGAUCUGAGUCCAAUACAGCCGAACUGGGUACCGCCAAAUGUCAAAUUCGAAAUUGACGACGCAGAGCAGACAUGGACAUGGAAAGAAGAUUUCUUCGAUUUAAUUCAUCUGCGCACCAUGACUGGUUGCAUACGCGACUGGGAUAAGCUCUUUGCUCAAGCCUACCAACACACCAAACCAGGCGGCUUCAUCGAACUCCAAGAAAUGGAUUACAUGGGAGUCAUACAGCCCACAUCUCGCAACCCAGGUACCUCUUUCGUAACGUGGUGCGUCGAGCAAGGUCGCGCCGGCAAAAAAGCCGGUGUCAACCUGCGGACUAGCAUCGAGUUUAUGACAUCGAGCCUUGAAAAGGCUGGAUUUGUCGACUGCAAGGCCUUGGAAUUCAAGCUUCCGGUCGGAACCUGGGCGAAGGAGAAGCGGCUACGUGACGCGGGAUUGCUGCAACUGAGUGCCAUGCUGGAGGGUAUUGAAGGUUUGAGCUUGAGACUGUAUACAUACUACGCUGGCUGGAGCCUUGACGAACUGAAGGUCUUACUUGCGAAAGUCAGAACAGAGCUGAGAGAUCCUGGGUGUCAUACCUAUUGGCCUGUCAUAGUAGUAUAUGCCCGGAAGCCGGAAGGAGCUCCCUCAUCGUCAUAA